AUGGACGAUAAAGAAAAAUUGGAAACGCAGGAGCAGUCUACAGAAGAACAAUCUGAUACAAGUAAUAAAAUAAUUGAGAAAGCAAAAAUAAUUCCCCAAGACGAUGCUGGACCUUCAGGAGUAACAUUACCCGGAGCAAUUCCUCAAAGCCCCUUCAACAAAAUAAAACCGGGAGUAUCGAAAUCUGAACAUAAUAUACGACAAAUAAUCACUAGUAAGGAUGUUGCAAACGCUCUUAAACUGACCUCUCUAAGUUUUGGAAAUGCGAAUAAAACUAAUGUUGAAGUAAAAGAACUAAAAAUACCAAUUUUAGAUGAAAAUAAGGAGGAUGAAUCGAUAACACUUGUAGAGUUAAAAGAAUUCAUGACAUCAUGUUUUAAACUUAACAAAAAUAUAUCUAAUAUUGUAAACGAAACAACAAAUGUCAACGUCCAUUCUGCUAUAAGCGCAAUAACUAAUGACUUAGUACAAAAUAUUCCAAAUAUCAGUCUAGCAACAAAUAAAAGACCUUUGAAUGAAGUGGUCGUAACAAAUACGGAUUCUAAGCAACCAAAGAAUUUAGAGAAUAACAAAAAAAAGAAUUCAGGAAAUUUAUCAGAAAAAUCAGAUUUAGGAAUGACCCAAAGGGACUCUCUAUCAAGUAUUGGAUCAAACGUUUGCAGAAUUUGCAUGACAAGGGGAAGAGAAAGAUUAAUAUCGCCUUGCAACUGUAAGGGGUCUUUGGCAAACGUCCAUCUUUCGUGCUUGCAGAGGUGGCUUAAUCAAGUGGGCAGAAACCACUGUGAACUGUGCGGUUUCAGUUAUCCAGCCAUCCGUACGCCUCGUUACACAAUACUUCAAGCGCUGCGGCUGUGGUUCUGCAAUCCACGAAAUAGGAGUCAUCUACAGUCCGACUGCUUGAUUUUCUGGCUACUCUCCACGGUGACCGCGGGUCUGCUGGCUGUAUGCAUCGUUGGCACACAAUACUUUGUUAUUGAGGGUAACAAUUUUGGUAAGCUCGAUGCGGUUAGGAAAAGUGAAGGUAUAUCUCAUCGCAUCACAGAAACUGCAAUGGAUUUUUUCAUGGCAAUAGUUCUAUGUGGCUAUUCUGUGACUGUUUACUUUUUAUGGAAAGAUCACUACGUGAUGUGGAAUCGCUGGCGACGAGCAAACGUCAAUGUACAAUUAUUACUUACUCCAGACUCGAACCCUAUACCCUUCGUGCCAAGAUCUAGAUAUAACGUUGUU